AGUAGGGUUGGACUUCCGUUCAGACCUCCCGGGCCCUGUGCAGGGAAGUGGGCCCGGCCCGCGCUGAGAGCCUAUUGGCUGGUGCUGCGGACUCCCCGCCUGGAUUGGCCGGAGCCACGCCCCUCGUUGUUGCGCGGGAGCCGGCGGAGGAGGCCAUCAUGAGGAAACUUCAAGCAGCUGUGGGAAGUAAUUUGGGAAAGCAGGCAGCCAGCCAGGAGAGAAGGAAGAAACGUGCCCCCAAUAGUAGCCAGGCCAAGCCUUCUGCUCCUAAGGGGAGGAUCUCUGAGUGUCCUGGGACUCCUGCAGACCUGGCCAAUCAGCAAGAAGAGAAGAUAUUUCAGGCCUCUGUCUCCCCGUACCAUCUAUUCAGAAAUAGAACUGAAAUAACAGCCUUCAGGAAGAGCCUACUGAGCUGGUAUGACACAGAGAAGCGGGACCUACCCUGGAGAAGACAGGCAGAGGAUGAGGCAGACCUGGAUAGGCGAGCAUAUGCUGUGUGGGUGUCAGAGGUUAUGCUGCAGCAGACCCAGGUUGCCACAGUGAUCAACUACUAUACCCGGUGGAUGCAGAAAUGGCCAACACUGCAGAACCUGGCCAAUGCUUCUCUGGAGGAGGUGAACCAACUUUGGGCUGGGCUGGGCUACUAUUCUCGAGGCCGGCGACUACAGGAGGGAGCUCGGAAGGUGGUAGAAGAGCUAGGGGGCCACAUGCCCCGUACAGCAGACACCCUACAGCAGCUCCUACCUGGUGUGGGGCGGUACACAGCUGGAGCCAUUGCUUCCAUUGCCUUUGGUCAGGCAACCGGUGUGGUGGAUGGGAAUGUAGUACGGGUGCUGUGCCGUGUCCGAGCCAUUGGUGCUGAUCCCAAGAGCACUCUUGUCUCUCAGCAUCUCUGGAGCCUAGCCCAGCAGCUAGUGGAUCCAAACCGACCAGGGGACUUUAAUCAAGCAGCCAUGGAACUGGGGGCCACAGUGUGCACCCCACAGCGGCCUCUCUGCAGCCAGUGCCCUGUGCAGAGCUUGUGCAGGGCACGCCAGAGGGUAGAGCAGGAACAGUUCUCAGCUUCAUGGAACCUGCAAGGCACUCUUGACGUGGAGGACUGCACUCCCAUCACUGGAAAGUGCCAGCUGUGCCUGCCUUCCACAGAACCCUGGAACCACACGUUGGGAGUGGCCAACUUUCCCAGAAAGGCCAGCCGCAGGCCCCCCAGGGAGGAGUACCUGGCCAUCUGUGUUCUGGAGCAGUCCAGAGCCCUUGGGGGUACCCAUAUUCUGCUGGUGCAGAGGCCUAGCUCAGGUCUGCUGGCAGGACUAUGGGAGUUCCCGUCCGUGACCUUGGAGCACUCAGGACAGCAUCAGCACAAGGACCUGCUGCAGAAACUACAGAGUUGGACUGGGCCUCUCCCUGCUACCCACCUCCAGUACCUUGGAGAGGUGAGCCACACUUUCUCUCAUAUCAAGCUGACAUAUCAAGUAUAUGGUCUGGCCCUGGAAGGGCAGACCCCAGUGACCACACCACCUGGUGCUCGAUGGCUGACUCGAGAGGAAUUUCACACCGCAGCUGUUUCUACUGCCAUGAAAAAGGUGUUCCGUGUAUAUGAGGACCAUCAGCCAGGGACCUGCAAGGGUUCCAAAAGGUCUCAAUUGUCUUCUCCAUCCAGCCAGAAAAAGCCCAGCUGGAAAAAGCCCAACCGGGGCCAGCAAGUCCUGGAUAGUUUCUUUUGGCCUCAUGUCCCCACUGACACACCCAGCCUCAACAGUGCAGCCCAGUGAUGCCUCUGAAAGUCCCUAUCCCUGAGAGUCCUAUUGUUUAAUAAAGUGCUUACUUUUUUUGGGGGGGAGGGGGUACUAGGGAUUGAACUGAGGGGCACUCAAUCACUAAGUCACAUCCCCAGCCUCAUUUUGUAUUUUAUUUAGAGACAGGGUCUCACUGGGUUCUGGAGCAGCCCAGAGCCCUUGGGGGUACCCGCAUUCUGCUGGUGCAGAGGCCUAACUCAGGUACCUGGAUGCUGGGAGCAAAGUAGCACAAUCAACAGGGAGGAGUAGAGAAAGGAGUCAGCAACUGAGGCCUGACCCAUACCUGGCUGCUCUCCCUCUCAGGUCUACUGGCAGGACUAUGGGAGUUCCUAUCCGUGACCUUGGGGCAUUCAGGGCAGCUGGCUAUUGCUGAGGCUGGCUUUGAACCCCGUGAUCAUCCUGUCUCAGCCUCCCAAGCUGCUGGGAUUACAGGCGUGCGCCACUGCGCCCAGCUAAAGUGCUUAUUUUUGUAGUCAUUUUGGAAAAGUUGCAUCCUCUCCCUAGCCCCUUUACUCCACACCUCUGAGGGACCCAGAAAGUAUUGGGUCCUGAUUCCCACUGGUUGAGCUUCCAUACAGCUUUAGGCAGAGGGAGGAGGGUGUGUUCUGUCCACAUAAUCUGUUCUCCUUUCCCAGGAAGUGAUGGCUACUGCAGGGAGCACCUGCCAAGAGUUGACACCCAACACUUUCUAGGUCUCAGGUCAGCUUGAUUGGAGCAGUGGUAUUAUCCUAAAGCAGGUGGUUGGGCUUAACCCUGAACCAGCCUGUCUCUACCUACAUGGGUUGCUCCCUAGGGAGAAGGGAAGCACAGAAGAAUCUGUCUUAAUUACCUACCUCAAAUACUAAGUCAUUUAUUUAGGGAUACAUUUCACAUAUAGUGAAAAUUCAGAAAUGCAAAGGGUUAAAAAAACCACAAAUUUGGGGCAGAGAGGGAAAUACUAUCAUAGGGGAACACAAAGGGGUGGGAGUGUAGCUCAGUAAUAGAGCAUGUUCCUAGCAUGUGCAAGGUCCUGGGUUCAGUCCCCAUCUUGCAAAAAAUAAAUUAGUCCUACUCACAUUAAAAAAAAAAGAAGAACACAAAGGCUUGUAUUAGUUAUGUCUGUG